GUUUUCAUUUCUGUGAACUGCCUCAGCACAGAUUUCUCCUCUCAGAAGGGAGUUAAAGGCCUGCCCCUGAAUCUUCAGAUCGACACCUACAGCUACAAUAACAGGAGUAACAAACCUGUCCACAGAGCCUACUGCCAGAUUAAAGUCUUCUGCGACAAGGGAGCAGAGAGGAAGAUCAGGGAUGAAGAGCGAAAGCAAAGCAAAAGAAAAGUUUCUGAUGUCAAAGUGCCAAUGCUUCCCUCACACAAACGUACAGACAUCACCAUCUUCAAGCCCUUCAUGGAUCUAGACACUCAGCCGGUCCUUUUCAUUCCUGACGUUCACUUUGCGAAUCUUCAGCGUGGUGCUCACGUCCUUCCUGUUGCUUCAGAAGAACUGGAGGGUGAAAGCUCCAACCUGAAGAGAGGAGCCUAUAUUGGUGAAGAGGACUUUAUUGCUACUCCGAAUAAGAUGGCCAGAAUAGAAGAACCAAAAAGAGUGUUGCUGUAUGUCCGAAAAGAGUCAGAGGAAGUCUUUGAUGCACUAAUGUUAAAGACACCGUCUCUGAAAGGUCUAAUGGAAGCAAUAUCUGACAAGUAUGACGUUCCUUUUGAUAAAAUAGGAAAGAUCUUCAAAAAAUGUAAAAAAGGAAUUCUGGUCAACAUGGACGAUAACAUUGUGAAACACUAUUCUAAUGAAGAUACCUUCCAGUUGCAGAUUGAAGAAGUUGGAGGAUCUUACAAGCUCACUCUCACUGAGAUCUAA